AUGGACUCAGACGCACCCAUAGAAGUCGGCUCGGUGCUGCAGGGCGCAUCCAUCAACCGACAUCCAUCACCGCGACAUGACGUGAACCCAUCGACCGCCGCAUCCAAGAAACAGCCAGUCCAUCUCAAUGAGCACCCCGAUGCUGACGCCUCUGAUGUUGGAGAAGACGAGAUUCCUCUCAGUGUGUUGGAUCCGGUUCCGCGGAACAAGGCAAUGCCUCCGCUGCCAGACCUCCGAUUCGAACAAAGCUACUUGAAGAGCAUUGAGCAUGCAGAUGGAUGGAAGGGUGUGCUGUGGAUUACGCUGCGAGAUCAGGUCAUAAUGUGUUUUGCACAGGGUGUUCUAUGGACCCUCCUCCUCAACGGCUGGAGGCAUUGGAAUCGAUCAACAAAGUUCAGUGGACAGGGUGUAGGCGCGCGGAUACGGAGGUGGUGGUGGGGUGUCAACAACUGGAGUAUACCGACCGCAAAAUCAAGACUGAGGGACCCAAAGCUGGCGAGAAAUGUGUCCGAGUACUACAAGGGUGAGUUUUCAAAUGCAGGUCAAGAUUGA